AUGGACACAACAAGACUAUUAGCAGACGAAUGGAAAUAUUUUGCCAAGGGCAAUGCCAAUCUUCUAUUCAAGUAUGUGGGUCCUGAAGAAAGUUUGCGGAAUUAUCUAUUGAGACUACGGAUGAAGAAGGAUGCCGGCACGUACAUUCCCACACUAAGCAUUACCGAGUUUAUCGAUACGAAAUGCAAAGCUCUUUUUCCAACAGAGAUCAUCAGCACUAAACUCGUGGAACUAGACGAUACUUUUUUAUCUAGCUUGGAUACGAAUGGAUAUGAUUUGAUGCCCGGCGAAAAGUACGGGCUUCUUCUCCCAAAUAUGCUUGCCCAAUGCAAUGACCACCUCACUUUAUCCAAACACUGCUCCCUUCAUCUAAGAGAAGAGCUUGGCAUUGUUAAAUCUGCCGUUAUAGAGUUGAAGCCUAAGUGGCUUUAUGAUAAUCUAGACAAUUACUGCAGAACAUGCCUGAUUCUCCAAUCGAAAGGUCAUGAAAGACAUUUCUGUACCUUGGAUUUACUUAGCACUGAGACCGUGGCGAGAGGAGUGAAAGACUUGCUUGGCAAACUCCCUGAUGCUAUCAAAGCUCUGUUGAAAAACAGUGACUUCCCUAUUGAACUGCUAUUGAUCGAAUACUUCGGUGGUUCCGAAAGUAUUCUUCAAAAGCUAAAAGCGAAACAGGAUUCUUUGGAUGAUGGGACAAUCUUGGCGAAUGUGAAGUCUGAAUCAGACGUACUGGAUCAACUUGCUUUGAGAAUGACAUUACGAGAUGUGGGCGUUUUCGUGGUUAUUGAACGAGGACAAUGUGAUGGACAAGUCAUCAAUAUCCGUGAUCAUGGAGAGUUCACGGUUGCAGCUCGAAUUUAUGACUUGGACUUGAAACCAAAAGCUCGAUACAAACAUUGGGUAUCUACGGAGCUCAAAUUGGGAGAUGUUUACAAUUCGAGUAACCUGGAUUGGCCUCAUUGUGUGAAAAAGACCGAGUCUCAAAAGUAG